CUCUCGCGAGAUUUAUCUCUACUUUCGCGAGAAGAUGGCCGCAGCCAGUACCUUCCAUGUGGUAAACAUUUGAUCGUAGAAGUUGAUUUAGCUAUCAUAAAUAUUUUUGCCAUUUAUUUUAUUGUAUCCAAAUAGCGGUGGUGGCCUCGUAUCAAGUGACGGCCAUUCAAAGAAGGUUUUAAAAAUGCAACACGACGACGUUAUAUGGGAUCUUAUAGGCAACAAGAGUUUUUGUUCCUACAAAGUAAAAACAAAAACCCAACAGUUCUGUCGAAACGAAUACAACAUCACAGGACUUUGUAAUCGGUCCUCAUGUCCUCUUGCCAACAGUCAGUAUGCCACUGUAAGAGAAGAAAAAGGUCAAUGUUUUCUCUACAUGAAAGUUAUUGAGAGGGCCGCAUUUCCUGCUCGCAUGUGGGAGAAGGUGAAACUUGAUAGAAACUAUGCAAAGGCCCUGGAACAGAUUGAUGAAAACCUCAUCUAUUGGCCACGAUUCAUAAGACACAAGUGCAAACAACGCUUGACGAAGAUCACACAGUAUCUCAUUAGAAUACGCAAACUCACGCUGAAAAGACAGAGAAAACUGGUUCCACUCAGUAGAAAAGUAGAGAGAAGAGAAAAGAGGAGAGAGGAAAAAGCCCUGAUUGCUGCUCAGCUGGAAAAUGCCAUAGAAAAAGAACUGCUGGAACGUCUAAAACAAGGAACAUAUGGAGACAUUUACAACUUCCCCGUCCAUGCCUUUGAUAAAGCUUUGGAAAAACAGGAUGAGGAGAGUGAAUCUGAAUUAGAAGAAGAGGAAGAUGAUGAAGAGGAGUCUGGGCAGAGAGAAUUUGUUGCUGAUGAGGAGUUUGAAGAGAGUGAUCUCAGUGAUUUCGAGGAAAUGGAAAACCUUAAGGGCAGCGGUGAUGAAGAGGUGGAAUCCAGUGAAGAAGAAACAGAAGAAGAGAUGGAGGAGGAGAGCAAGGCAAAAUCGAAAGGAAAAGCUCCACUCAAAGGGCCUAUCAGGAAAAAACGGGCAUAUGUGGAGAUAGAAUACGAACAAGAGACAGAACCAGCUCAGAAAAGCAAAGCCACAUAAGGACUAAACUACCGGUCACACCAGAGUUAUUCUGCUGCCUUUCAAAUCAUGGAACUGUGGUUACAAAACAGUGUGCCAUGAUCCUGCCAAAACUGAAAAUCUCUAAUGUGGGAUUGUAUUUACAUUCACAUUUAUUUUGACUUGUUUCAACUGUUCUUAUGCUGUUGCUAAGCAUAAAAUGACUUUUUUUUUUUUUUUAUGUUUCAUUGAUUACAAUUGUGUACAUCUGGGUCAGCUCUUUUUGACCCUUAUUCAAGUUGAGAAACAUUGUUAGAAGUAGCAGUAAAAAUAAUAGCUACAGUAAUGCAUUCUGACAACUGUAACUUAAAAGGCUCCUGAAUAAACUAAGAACUUUUAUA